AUGCGCAGCUCACGGAUUCUGACCUACGCUGUCUGUCUGCCGCGAGACCGCGAAGGUAGGCAGCUGCGGUCUUCGUAGUUGUAUGUAUGAUUUAUCGAUUAAAAUGUCCGUGUGAAAUUUUUCCUUGUCUUGUGGAUGUCUACAUAUAGGGUCCUAAGCCAAAGGCUUAAAAUGAUACCUUUGGAAAUGUAUUCAUUGUGGACCGGACAAGCACAAAGACAUUGAUGGAGACCUCACGAAACCUGUUUCUGCCCCUGGAAUUUGACUGACUGAUCUGUGACGUCAGGCAAUGGGAAGAAUCAGUUUCUCCUGCCUGUUCCCCGCCUCCUGGCACUUCAGCCUGUCUCCAGUGGGCUUCCCCCGGCUCCUUUUGCCCUCACUCAGGCAGUUGCUGUUCCUGGGCCUGUUCAUUGGCAUAAUUGGUUUGAUCUACCUUUUGGUGGUGCUGGGCUGGGGUCAGUACAACUGGAAUGGAGAAGACAAGCCCUUCCACAGGCAUCUCGUCCGCGUAACCGACGUGGACGCCACAGACACAAGCAACCCCAACCUGAACUAUGGCAUCGUCAUCGACUGCGGCAGUAGCGGCUCGCGGGUCUUUGUGUACUGCUGGCCUAGGCACAACGGCAACCCUCACGACCUCCUGGACAUCCGCCAGAUGAGGGACCAGCACAGGAAGCCCGUAGUCAUGAAGAUAAAGCCUGGUAUUUCUGAACUGUCAUCAACACCAGAGAAAGCCAGUGACUACAUCCAUCCCUUACUGAACUUUGCUGCCCAGCAUAUCCCCAAGAGCAAGCACCAGGAGACUCCUCUAUACAUCCUCUGCACCGCAGGCAUGAGGAUGUUACCAGAAAGCCAGCAGGAGGCGCUGCUGGAGGACCUGCGCACUGAUAUACCCGUGCACUUCAACUUCCUCUUCUCAGACUCCCACGUGGAGGUCAUUUCUGGCAAGCAAGAGGGAGUCUAUGCAUGGAUUGGCAUCAACUUUGUCCUUGGAAGAUUUGAUCACGUGGACGACGAGAGGGAGGCAGUGGUUGAGGUGCAGGUCCCCGGUGGCGACCAGCAGGAGGCACUGGUGAGGAAGCGGACAGCCGGCGUGCUGGACAUGGGCGGCGUGUCCACACAGAUAGCGUAUGAAGUGCCCAAAACUGUAAGCUUUGCUUCUCCACAGCAGGAGGAAGUGGCCAAGAACCUCCUGGCGGAGUUCAACCUGGGCUGCGAUGCCCAUCGCACUGAGCACGUCUACCGGGUGUACGUCUCCACCUUCCUGGGCUUUGGGGGGAACGCGGCCCGUCAACGGUAUGAAGAGGACGUCGUCAGCAGAACUCUGCUGCACAACAAGCUUACUGGGCAGCACCUCGGGGAGUCCGCAGAGGUGCCCGUCCUGGACCCCUGCCUCCCCCGGGACCUGCAGGACGAGGUGGGCCCGGCGGGCCGCACAGUGCACCUCCGGGGCACGGGCGACUUUGACCGCUGCCGGCUGCUACUGCAACCCUUCCUCAACCGCACCAACGAGACGCAGUCAUCCCUCAACGGCGUCUACCAGCCUCCCAUAGACUACCGCAACAGCCAGUUCUACGGCUUCUCCGAGUUCUACUACUGCACGGAAGAUGUCCUGCGCAUGGGGGGGGACUACAACGCCACCAAGUACACCCGGGCAGCUGGGGGCUAUUGUGCCACCCAGUGGCGGACCUUGAAGGAGCGCUUUGACCGCAGCCUCUACGCCUCCCACGCUGACCUUCACAGACUGAAGUACCAAUGUUUCAAGUCCGCCUGGAUGUACGAGGUGUUCCACUCCGGCUUCUCCUUCCCCAUGGACUAUGGGAACCUGAAGACGGCCCUGCUGGUUUACGAGAAGGAGGUGCAGUGGACGCUGGGCGCCAUCCUGUACCGAACUCGAUUCCUGCCUUUGAGGGACAUUCAGCAGGAGAGCCUCAAGGGGGCGCACUCUCACUGGCACCAUAGCUUCUCCUUCGUCGUCAACCACUACCUGUUCCUGGCCUGCUUCCUGGUGGUGCUACUGUCUAUCAUGCUGUACCUGCUGCGACUGCGCCGCAUUCACCAUCAUAUGACCCACCGUGGCCCUGCCUCGUCUUCUACUGGCCCCUCCUCCGUUCAGUGGUUGGAAGCGGGUCUGGGUGCUUCGUCCGUCGCUGUUAAUGUUUAGGUUCCAUCACCAUCACCUCCAUCUUUCCCUGGCAGGCCUCAUGUCAGCAGAGCCUCCAUCUUAAUACCUCUUCUCUUUAAAGGGUUGUAAUUAUGAGGCCUUAGUCUCUGAGGCAUCAUGGGAAUUUUGGAUAUGCAAUCUGAGCAGCGGUUGACCUUGUUGGGAAAUGUGAUGAACAAGUAACCUUUCAGAACUCAGCCACCCCUCUGGGUGGCUUUGGGGCAGCACUUAAGUCUGAUGUAAAAUCCCAAUCCCCCUUUCUUCCUUUUGUAAAAGUGAACGUCUGUCUUGAGCAUCUGUGGAGGCGAACACCUGUUGGUGCUGUUGUCCGUGCCGCGGAAGCAUACCGAACAAUCGGCAUAGAUCACAUGACCAUAGGAGCUUUGUCGGUGGAUGGGGGCGUCCAGCCCCUCCGAGUAGACGUAGCCACAGCAUAGAAAUGUUGAACCCAGAAGCUUGAAAAAUAUUGCUGCUAAAUGUUUUUGUAAUGCGAUGUGCACACAAGCAGAGGUCCAUGUGUGCAGGGUUACGGCUGGAGUCUUCUCCUUGUACGGCAGCAGGAAGCCAGUUUGCACAGAGGGUUUUGUGGCAUUUUUGUUUUUCUUUUUGUGCAGUUUUGCACAUUGAAACAAAGAGCAAAUAAGGAUAAUCUGUAUUACUACAGGUGUGUGUCUGUGUGUGUGUGUCUGUGUGUGUGUGUCUGUGUGUGUGUGUGUGUGAGAGAGAGAGAGCGAGAGAGAUCAUUGUUGGAGUCUGUCUCCAAGUUUAAUCUGUCCUCCCAUACUGUACACGUGUGUUGUGUUGGGAGAUCUUUUGGAGAAAUUGAAUCAAAUUCAAAUCAAGAUAUGCUGAAAGCAUUGUGGGUAUACAACCAGUAAGACACAGCCUAUUUAUGUACGCAACAGGAAGACCCGUGAUUGUAGAUGCUGUGAUUAAAUGUCUGUUUUAGAUGUUCACACCUCACUUGCUAAUGAAGAGGGGGUGUCUUGGUGUCCUCAUCGCCUUUUCACUUUUAAUUUUACUGUGUUUUUAUUUUUUAUCUUUAUGAAAGAGCAGCCUGAUUGAGGGCUUCCAGUGCAUUUUAUGGCAUCUGAACCAGGAAGAGUAACUCAAACACCUUAUGAGCUUAAGAGUGUUUAGAGUAUUUUUUUCUUGAAAUAUUUAUUUAGGAGGGUGUCUAAACUUUCUGACAAGUUACGGUCUCAACCAGUGACUGGAUAAGAUACAGUACCAUUCAGCUGAACCUCCUUUGGGAGUUCGGGGGUUGCCCUGCUGCGUUUCCUGUCCGCUGCCACAAAUACUGAUCCCCUUGGCUGGACCCCUUAAAAGUGCUUAAUCCCAGAAAUCACUGAUAACUAUUGCUUUUUUUUCUUUUCUUUUUUAAAGAAGUUGUCAUGAUGCAUACGGAUCUUGAAGCAGGUAAUAUGCAAUAUUUAUGUGUACAGAGAAUGAUUCCUUAUUUGCACGGAGAAAUGUGUCAAUGUAGAGAUUUUUGAGAACUUUGUGGAUGUGAAAUAUUAUAUAAAACAUUCAAUGAUGUCUCUUUUUUC